ACCAUUGCCGUUUAGUCCACAUGUUUUUUUCCAAUUUGCAGAGGCUGCACAAUUUCGCUAUAAUGAUACCUUAAAUUUGUAUAGGCAUACACGUCAAAAAGUUUAUGAAUUUGUACAUUUACAAAAAUACACACUGCUGCUUCCUAUUUAUCAUAUGUGUUAACAGAUUGUUAGCUUGUACCAACGUGUUCUACUUCGACGACCGUGGAAAAUCACCAUCCAACAUGGCUUGCUACAUCCCAGUCAGGCAACUUUCAACAGUUGGACAGGUGGAGGUGGGCAUCGAAUACCAGCACCUGCACGAUGAGAGUGGAUACGUGGUAGAGGGUAGAGACCGCAGUGACAAUGCCACCUCCAGUGACGUCAUGCUGAAGAAGGAGCAGAAGGAUGUGGAGCUGGAUAAAAAGAUUGAGGCUCUCCGCAGGAAGAAUGAAGCCCUCAUGAAGAGGUACCAGGAGGUAGAGGAGGACAAAAAGAGAGCGGAGGAGGAAGGAAUGGCACUGCAGAGUCCCAAGGGCAACACAGGGGACUUGACCAUCACCAUCAACAAGUCUACCACCGAGGCUCGUGUUGUGAUGACCAAACCAGGCACGGGUGGCUCUCCCACCCCAAAGGGGGUCCAGGAGCUUGGGGAGAGGGAGGCGGAGGGGAACCUGUUUUGCUCAGGACGGGGCAGGAGGAAGCAGCUACUGGUCACCAUGGCUGGCAACACAAAGGGUAAGAGGGUGGUGAGUGAGAGGCUGGAGAGAAGACCAGGUCCAGGUCCCCCCGGUCUGCUGAAUGUGAAGAGCCUUACAGAGGAUGGCUUGCACCAGUACCUUGUGGAAUCAGCAGGCAGAGGAAAACAUCAGCACACUAACGCAGCAAAAAGGACACGGGACCACAGGAUGAAGGGGGGCAGGGAAAGGGUGUGACAGAGGAGCGUCACUGGCUGUCAGAGUGUGAGCCUUACUACCAGAAGUCUGAGGGGCCAGGCCUGGCAGGUGACACAGACCUCACCAUCCCCACGUCCAAAGAGGAGCAGCAGGAGUACCUGCGCUGGAAAAAGGAGCGUGAGCAGAUCGACCGGGAGCGUGUGGCCCGCCACAGAAAUGCCAAUGGCCAGUGGAGGCGGGCAUGGGACAUGGACAAAACAGAGAAUAUGUAAGCCCACUGCUCCCAUUCCUGGCUGCUUUGCACUUCGCUUUAGUUUGCAUUGUCAAUCAUUUGAGUUUCUGCAUGUUUGGCUGUUCCAUUUGCUUGAUGCAUGUUUAAGUGCUAAUUUUUCAUUUCAUUAUAAAGUCAUGUUACAAUUAAAAAUGAGUGUACUCUUCUGUA